CCUCCAGUGUGAAAAGCCCCGCCUACAUCGCGGACGCCGACACACGCGCCCUCGACUUAAUCGCAGCUUGAGCCUCGUUGAAGCCUCGCCGACCGCCUCGUCCGCCUACGAGUACGAAAGCCGAUUGGACCAGUCCAGCCACGCUACGAGAGAGCGCCACGGUCACAGUCUGCGGUAGCGUGAACCGCUCGAGCACCACCAUGUCACCCAGCAUCGAAGCAUCGUAUAGCAUAAUGAUCCCUCAAGGCUGCUCGCCUCCCACCUCCGCAUCAACGGGAGGAACCCUCCCACCUCAAGCAAGCAUGAGUGCUCCCCUCAAGCUGAGCCUCUCACAGACGCCAGGUAUUCCCCACUCAUCAAGGGAGACAGAAUCCGAAUUCCUGGGAGCGCUCGCAGAUGGCAUCGAUGAGCUCAAGGCAAAGCUGAUGGUCGACAUGAGCGCGUGGAAGGACUCGGUGGGACAGUAUGAGGAUGCUGAGGCAAAGAGGGAUGUCAAUGGGGGCGGGGAAGCAAGCGCUGCGCCUGUGAAGAAGGCAAUCCAAGGAGGGCAUGUUGGGGAUGACGGUCAGGAUGAGGACGAAGAUGAGGAGGACGACGAGGAGGAAGACGAUGAAGAAUAAAGCGCCAAUGGGGGGCGCACGGAGCCAAGUCUGACAAUCUGCGCUCGCGGAUAUCAUUGUACCAUAUCGCAUUCAUCACAC